CGCACUGCAGAUUUCGCGGUAAUUGUUUCAUCGAGACUGCCGUCUCCAGCGCCCGGUGGACCGCCGCCGGUGUGCAGCGACGACAUAGAACUCGUCCCAGAGACUCCACAGUUCAGGUUGAACACCGCCCCGAUGCAUUGUUCCUUCAGCAGUGACAUUAUACUUUGGACAUACUUGAGCGCGCUGGCAUGGUGGACUAUAAGCUAUGUGCCACUCUAGUGGAUGCUUAGGCAAAUAUUUCCUCAGGUGUUGGUGCUCCCGUUAGUGACCCUACUGCCUAUUUGAGCCUUGCGGGAGCCCUUCAGUAUCUCAUAUUCACAAGGUCAGCUUGAUUAGGCAAUAUGGUUAUCCCUCCACCAGCUAGGGCUCCUGCAAUCACCAAGUUCCUCAAGCCGUAUAUUUUGAAGAUGCAUUUCACAAACAGUUUUGUGAGCGCUCAGGUCAUCCACACACCGACAGCCACGGUCGCAUGCUCUGCAAGCUCUCAGGAGAAACUCCUGAGGCCAAGCAUGGAGUCGACACGGGAUGUUGCUGCGGCUGCAAAGAUUGGGAAGUUGCUUGGAGAGCGCUUGCUGUUCAAGGGUAUCCCUGCAGUAUCUGUCUCCAUGUCAAGAGACCAGAAGUACCAUGGCAAGGUCAAGGCCGUGAUAGAUUCUCUAAGAGGUGUUGGUGUGAAAUUGCUGUAGGGAAAACUGACUGUUUUAUGAGAGGUUAUGUUGGGGCCUCAUGUUUACCUCCGAAGCUGCUUGGCGGUCCAUUAGUUUCGUGACUGAAUUUUCUUAUGGGUGCUGCUGAACAAUAUCUUGAACCAUGUAAGUCCUUGUUCGGUUGUUCCUAUACAUCAUGGAUUGGAAAAGAAAAUAUGAAAGAUUUUGACUUGGAAUGGAUUGAAACUCAUCCAA